CUACCAACGACAGAAUUCAAGUACCUUGUCUUAAAAUCAAUCUAUCAGCAAUUCACCUGAUUUCAGAGACCAAAAACCCUCGGUGUUCAAUGGCAAAGCCCGAGAAUUCUAAGUCCAAUUCUUCAAAUCUCCCUCCUUUCGUCCAGUCCUCCGCCAAAAUACACCCAACAAAUGACCCAGAAUCUGACCCCAAUUCGUAUUCCCUCGAAAAAUUCCGUCUAUACGAAACCAGAGCGCGGUAUUACUUAAUUGGGAGUGAUCGGAACAAAAGGUUCUUCAGAGUGUUAAAAAUUGACCGAAUGGAACCAUCUGAUCUCAAUAUCAGCGAAGACCCCGUGGUGUAUUUGCCGCAGGAAGUCAAGAGCUUGCUGCAGAGGGUGGCCGAGGGUAAUAGAGCUACUGGAGGGCUGAAUUUUAUAGCAAAAGUCUAUGGCAUUGCUGGUUGUAUCAAUUUUUUGGAGUCAUAUUAUUUGAUAUUGGUAACAAAACGGAGGCAAAUCGGAAGUAUAUGUGGUCAUGCUAUAUAUUGUAUUGAUGAGAGCCAAAUAAUUACAAUUCCGCAUGUCUCUGUUCAAACUGAUGUUGCUCAUUCGAAAACUGAGCUGAGGUAA